GAGAGAGAGAGAGAGAGAGAGAGAGCGACUCUCAUCUGUCUGAAGUCAUUCACUACAGGAGCGGUGCUAUUUGUCUCACUGCGUGCAGGAGGAACUGAUCGGACAGUGUGUUUAAUGCCUGGAUUGAACUGAACUCAGGCGGGUGGAUCGUUGUUUCACUCUUGUCGCUCGUUGGGAAGUGAAGACGAUCACUUGCGUCAGAUUUUAGGCGCCCUCCUGUCCCACAGUGCCAGCAGGUAUUCACUCAUAUUUGUCGGAAAUCUACCUUCUGCGCGUCGGACAUCGAGGGGAAAAGUGAUGUGCGUUGUUGGCACCAUCUCAGCCCCUCAAGAAGUUCAUGGGAAAAAGUUGCUGGUGGGAAGGACCUGAGGGAAGAGGACAGCAGAGGAGCUUUUCACCAGGAGAGAAUGGAGGCAACUGCGUCCUGUGUGUGGAGUUAGGAGAGAUGACAGCUCCAUCUGAAGUCGAAUAAGCCUUUUUUUCAGCAGUUUGAGCAGAGUGCGUGUGAGGGACUUGCCACAGCUGCUUGGGGAAUCUGCUGGAUGCAUCUGAACGUGUUGGAGGUGAGGAGGCUGAGCUCAGCGGUUGCCAGGCUGCAGCUAUGGUUGUUGAGGUGAGGUUUCCUCCCUCCUCAUCAGUGACCUCGCCGUUUGUCUCACCAUGCCGGACGUCUUCGCAGCGCCGGACGUCCUCUACAUCGUCCUGGAGCUGCUGAUCGCUGUGUUCUCCGUGCUGGGCAACGUGCUGGUCUGCUGGGCGGUGUGCCUCAACAGCAACCUGCAGAGCAUCACCAACUUCUUUGUGGUGUCGCUGGCAGUGGCCGACAUCGCCGUGGGCGUCCUGGCCAUUCCCUUCUCCAUCGUCAUCAGCACCGGCUUCUGCUCCAACUUCUAUGGCUGCCUGUUCAUCGCCUGCUUUGUGCUGGUCCUCACCCAGAGCUCCAUCUUCAGCCUGCUGGCCAUCGCUAUAGACCGCUACAUUGCAAUCAAGUUACCGCUCAGGUACAACAGCUUGGUGACGGGCCAGCGGGCACAAGGCAUCAUCGCCAUCUGCUGGGUUUUAUCCAUCAUCAUCGGUCUGACCCCCAUGAUGGGCUGGCACAAACGUUUCCAGAGUGACAACGGCACCUGCCCGCCUGGCCUGAUGGAGUGCCUGUUUGAGGGGGUGGUAGUCAUGGAGUAUAUGGUCUACUUUAACUUCUUUGCUUGCGUACUGAUUCCCCUGCUGCUGAUGCUGGCUAUCUACCUGUGUAUCUUCAUGGCCGCUCGCCACCAGCUCAAGCUGAUGGAGGUGAAAGCGGUUCAUGGAGAGAAGUCGCGCUCCACGCUGCAGAAAGAGGUUCAGGCUGCCAAGUCUCUAGCCAUCAUUGUUGGGCUGUUUGCAGUCUGCUGGCUGCCGUUACACAUCAUCAACUGCUUCACCCUCUUCUGCCCUCAGUGUGAUCGCCCCCCAAACUGGAUCAUGUACGUGGCCAUUAUUCUCUCCCACGGCAACUCUGUGGUCAACCCCUUUAUCUACGCUUACCGCAUUCGGGAGUUCCGACAAACCUUCCGGAGGAUUAUCCGCCGUCACAUCCUGGGCCAGCGGGAGCUGUUUGAGACUGGCAGCAGUAUGCGCAACUCCACCCAUAACAGCAUCACUGACUCCAUCAGACUCAAGGCAAACGGCCUCAGCUUUGACCUUUUCACUGAACACAGCAGCAGUAGCUGUGAAAGCUCCUACAACAGCCCUACUUCAGUCUCUCCUGUAGGGGGCGGUCUGGUGGCAGUAUCCCACCCCCCUCUGUCAGUCGUCAUCUCCAACUGUCCGAAAAUGGGCCCUUGUCCAAUGCAAACCCUCAGACGGACUCAAAUCCCCAUAGGUCAUCAUCUACAGCAUGCGGAGCAGCAUGACUGCACUGGACCAGAAGUGGUGGAAGAUAAGGACAAGCAGAACCUUGGUGCUGCCCAGGUCGCAUCGCUGUUCGACAAACAGAACAGAAAAAGUUGCUUUACUGAGCUGGCAAAGAUGUCCUGACGUAGGCCCACAAGGGACCCCUCACUAGUAUUCAGGAGCCUUGCAGUGAAAUGUCAACCUCAGCCGCAACUCUCAAAGGAUCAGGAUAAGUCCCGAUCCACAGAAAUAGGAGCACUGUGAACAGAUAACAGACAACCAGUGUUACGGAGAUUUAAACUUCAAUCUCUACUGUUAAGUGACUUUUUAAUUUAAACCAGACGAAAAGUCUAAAUCACUGCUAGUGGGCCAAAGAUGUGGUGCAGCUUCGCCACAUGACCAAGAGUGGUUUACUGAGCAACCAACCCUUCUGUGUUUAAGGUGCAGACACUUCACUCAUCUGAAAUCGCUCUGCAUUUGUUUCAACAUAGAAGUUGCUAAAUGCUUUUGUUUCCUCUUUGUUAAUAGUUAGAGUUCAGUACAUAUGCACUUUGUUGCCUUCACAGGGUGUUUAACUGCAGGUUGAACCAAGAUACCACAGUGUGUGACUACAUUUCAUCCUGCCAUUUCUGGUCUGAAGGGGCCUUUGGCUGCAGAUAAAAAUGUAUAAUAUUAAAUUAUUGACUGUUUUCAGGGAUAUGGACAUAAAUGCACUCUGAUGGAUUUCACCUUAUACCACUACCAUGGAUCGUGGGCAUCAUGGGAGGAUUAUUUCUUAUGCAGUAGUGCACCAUAAUUUGCACCCUUUUUAGAUUCACCCUAUCCUGAGGACCUGCUUAGAAACGUUCACGCUCAUCUGCAAAAGUUAAACAUUUUUCACAUUCUGACUUUUCCAAACUGUAUUGUAAUUAAGCUUCAUGGCAGAUAUGUACAUAUCUUCCAGUUUCAUCAUGGCUCCCUGCGGACUCCAUGCUGUUUCUAACUGGACUGAAAAGCUAAAACUUAAUCAGUGACACAUGGGUUCAUGUUUGCAUUAAUAAUCAUAUAUUUCACACUUUUAAAAUGCAAAAACCCCAAAGUUGGUAAUGUAGUGCUGAAAUGUAAUCUUGUUUUAUAAUUGCUCACUGUGACAAUGUGACUUGAUUGUAUUCUUAUUUAAGUUAUGUUCAUGUAAAUGUUGAUUUCUGAGAUAGUUUGAUGACUGAUGGGAAAUGUUUUGAAGAGGAUUGUGAAUGAUUAGACUAGAAGUUGUGUUUUUUCCCAUUGAACUCAUCCUCAGUCCAGUGCAGCUAUUGCCUUCUGUGUUCUCUUGAACAGGCUAUCACAGAAUCCUGUCUUUCAAUAAAUCCUUUUACAUUUACAA